UCAGAUUCUGAGCUGGCAUGGGUAAUAUUUUGGUAAGAGUUAGAUGUGUAUUCCAAACACACACACACACAAAUAUAUAACACCUGAUAGAUUAAUAAACAUUAAUUCAUUUUAUAGAAUUAUUUCAUCUGUUUCUCUUAGUCUUAAGAAUAUCUCUUUUGGUUUUAUGGAAGCGGGAAUAGCUAUAAAUAAAAAGGAAAGUUUAAUUAAUGAAAGUUAAAAAUAUUAAAUUGUUAGGAGUGUUGUUAGUACUUACAUGUUUGCCCUUUCCAUAUUUGUUUUGCUUAAAAUGUUUGUAUAUGCAUGCCUUUUGAAAGUACUCUAGCGUACUGUAAUGGCAAAUGAAUCCUUCAUUUGUCCAGUAUAAGUUGCUUUUGGUAAGAAAAUACUUUCAGUUUCCUUGUUCUAAGUGUUCAAAUAUGACAACUUUCAAAACCAAUAUAUUUUAUCUAUUGUAAUGUGCCUUUCAUCUAAUUUUGCAAAUCUUUUCUUUCUUUGUAGUUACCCUUAAGAAUGCUGCUAUGCUGUUGGAAUUUGCAGCAAUGUAUAGCGCUGAACAGCUGAAACUGUCUUGUUUACAGUUUAUAGGACUGAAUAUGGCAGCUUUACUUGAAGCGAGGUCUCUUGAUGUUUUAAGUGAUGAUGUUUUGAAGGAUCUUUCUGUAUUUUACCGAAAAAUGAUUCCAGCAAUGGAUAGAAGAGUCAUUACACCAUACCAAGAAGGACCAGAUAUCAGCCAUUUGGAAGUAGAGGAUGGAGAUGUCUUUUUGAAAGAAGAAAUAAAUAUGGAACAAAGUUGUUUGUAAGCUCUGUUUCUUUCCUUCUCUCCUUUCUGUUCUUCCUUCUUUCUUCCCUGCAUUCUGGGACCUGAAACUUUUGUCUUGAUACUGAAAUAAGAAAUUGAGGAAUUUUGACAUAAG